AUGUUUGACGGCUGCCUCCUGCCCCUCGUCGUGCCCUGCCUGCUGCUCUGCGGACUGGACACCGGCACAGCUGGCGGAGCGGAGCUGGAAGUGGUGAUCCCGGAGCGAGUGCCGCUGGAGAAGAUCCACCUGCUGCCGCCCGGAGGGGAUCGCGGCGGCCCCCGGCGCCGGCGGGCAGCGGCGGAGCAGGAGGAGGAGGAGGAGGCCGUGCUGCUCCGCCUGCCCACCGCCGGCGCCGAGCUGUACCUGCACCUCCGCCGCGACCUGCGCUUCCUGGCCCGGGGCUUCGCGGUGGAGCAGCGGCGCGGGGAGGCGCGGCGGCCCCCGCGGGAGCGGCUCUGCUUCUACUCGGGACACGCUCUGAACCGCAGCGACUCCUUCGCCUCCCUCAGCACCUGCGCCGGGCUGGUUGGCUACAUCCAGCUUGGAUCAGAGCAGCUGCUGAUCCAGCCUGUGAAUGCAUCUGAGACCUCGUUCAGUGGGAAGGAACAUUUCAUCAGGAGGAGACGUUCCACCAAACCCGGCCCCCCCAGCAAGCCCCACGGCCCUGAGGAGCACUGCAAGGUUGUGGCAGAAAAGAAGAGACAGAAGAAAGCGAAGCCCACGAGCGAGUGGCGCGAGAGGAGGAACGCGAUUCGCCUCACCAGCGAGUACACCGUGGAGACCCUGGUGGUGGCAGAUGCUGACAUGGUGCAGUACCACGGAGCAGAGGCUGCCCAAAGGUUCAUCCUCACAGUUAUGAAUAUGGUGUACAACAUGUUCCAGCAUCAAAGCCUGGGCAUUAAAGUCAACAUUCGAGUGACCAAACUAGUCCUGCUUCACAAUCGCCCUGCAAAGUUGUCCAUUGGGCAUCAUGGAGAGAGAUCUCUGGAGAGCUUCUGUCAGUGGCAAAAUGAAGAAUAUGGUGGGGCAAAAUACCUUGGUAACAACCAGGUUCCUGGUGCCAGGGAUGACACCCCUCCUGUGGAUGCUGCUGUUUUUGUCACCAGGACAGAUUUCUGCGUGCACAAAGACGAGCCUUGUGACACUGUGGGAAUUGCUUACCUAGGAGGUGUCUGCAGUGCCAAGAGAAAGUGUGUUCUUGCUGAAGACAACGGUCUCAAUCUGGCAUUCACAAUUGCACAUGAGCUUGGGCACAACAUGGGCAUGAGCCACGAUGAUGAUCAUCAGCCCUGUGCUGGGAGGUCUCACAUUAUGUCUGGAGAAUGGGUGAAGGGCAGGAACCCAAGUGACCUCUCCUGGUCUUCGUGCAGCCGAGACGACCUCGAAAACUUCCUAAAGUCCAAGGUGAGCACCUGCCUGCUGGUGACAGAUCCCCGGAGCCAAUAUUCCGUGCGGCUCCCUCACAAACUGCCGGGCAUGCACUACAGCGCCGACGAGCAGUGCCAGAUCCUUUUUGGCACCAACGCCACCUUCUGUAAGAAUAUGGAGCAUUUGAUGUGUGCUGGGCUCUGGUGCCUGGUGGAAGGAGACACAUCCUGUAAAACAAAGUUGGACCCCCCUCUGGAUGGCACCGAAUGUGGCGCAGACAAGUGGUGCCGAGCUGGGGAGUGUGUCAGUAAAACGCCCAUCCCUGAGCACGUGGACGGGGACUGGAGCGUGUGGAGCCAGUGGAGCAUGUGCAGCCGGACGUGCGGAACGGGGGUGCGCUUCAGGCAGCGGAAAUGUGACAACCCCCCCCCGGGGCCGGGUGGGAAGAACUGCCGGGGGGCCAGCGUGGAGCACACGGUGUGUGAGAACCUGCCCUGCCCCAAAGGGGUGCCCAGCUUCAGGGACCAGCAGUGCCAGGCCCACGACAGGUACACCAACAAGAAGAAAAGCCUCCUGACAGCUGUCAUUGUGGAUGAUAAGCCAUGUGAGCUCUUCUGCUCCCCACUGGGCAAGGAUUCUCCUGUGCUGGUGACAGACAGAGUCCUGGAUGGAACUCCCUGUGGGCCUUAUGAGACAGAUCUCUGUGUACAUGGCAAGUGCCAGAAAAUCGGCUGUGAUGGGAUCAUUGGCUCAGCUGCCAAAGAGGAUCGCUGUGGGAUCUGCAGUGGUGAUGGGAAAACCUGCAAAGUGGUGAAAGGAGACUUCAACCACACCAAGGGCAUGGUAACCAAUAGUCAUUGUAAGAAGGUUUCCACAUGUGUGAUGGCAAAGGCAAAGGCUGUUCCCAAGUGUUUCUCGUGUUACAUCGAAGCCGCUGUGAUCCCUGCGGGUGCCCGGCGGAUCAGAGUGGUUGAGGAUAAACCUGCUCACAGCUUUCUGGCUUUAAAAGAUUCCAGUAAGAGAUCCAUUAACAGCGACUGGAAAAUUGAGCUUCCUGGUGAGUUUCAGAUCGCAGGCACCACUGUCCGGUACGUGCGAAGGGGGCUGUGGGAGAAAAUCUCUGCCAAAGGACCAACUAAAAUACCACUGCACUUGAUGGUGCUGUUAUUCCAUGACCAGAAUUAUGGAAUUCAUUAUGAAUACACCAUCCCUGUAAACUAUACUGCUGAAAACAGAAGUGAGCCAGAAAAGCAACAGGAUUCCUUGUACAUCUGGACACACAGUGGAUGGGAAGGAUGCAGUGUGCAGUGUGGAGGAGGUGAGAGGAAAACCAUCGUGUCCUGCACUCGGAUCAUUAACAAGACAAUGACACUGGUGAAUGACAGUGACUGCCAGCGAGUGACCCGCCCCGAGCCCCAGGUCAGGAAAUGUAAUACACACCCCUGCCAGUCACGGUGGGUGACUGGCCACUGGAGUCCCUGCUCUGCCACUUGUGAGAAGGGUGUGCAGCACCGGGAGGUCACUUGUGUUUAUCAGCUGCAGAACGGCACCUACGUCAACACCAGGGAUCUCUACUGCCUGGGCAGCAAACCAGCCACGGUGCAGAGCUGUGAGGGAAGGGACUGCCUGUCCAUCUGGGAAGCAUCAGAGUGGUCAAAGUGCUCAGCAGACUGUGGCAGGGGAAUUCAGAAAAGAACAGUGACGUGCACAAACUCCCAAGGCAAAUGUGAUGCAGCCACCAGGCCGAGAGAUGAGGAAGAGUGUGAGGAUCACACGGGCUGUUACGAGUGGAAAACGGGAGACUGGUCCAAGUGCUCCUCCACGUGCGGCAAGGGGCUGCAGUCGCGGGUGGUGCAGUGCAUGCACAAAGUGACCGGGCGGCACGGCAGCGAGUGCCCGGCCCUGGCCAAGCCCCCGGCCUACAGGCAGUGCCACCAGGAGGUCUGCAACGACAGGAUCAACGUCAACACCAUCACCUCACCCAGGCUCGCUGCCCUGACCUACAAGUGCACGGGGGACCAGUGGACAGUGUACUGCAGGGUGAUCCGUGAGAAGAACCUGUGCCAGGACAUGCGGUGGUACCAGCGCUGCUGCCAGACCUGCAGAGACUUUUAUGCAAACAAGAUGCAGCAGAAGAGUUAAUGAACCUGUGCCACUCCUUAGAGUCUUCCAGCUGUUUGUAUGUAAAUCACAGACUAGUAGGUCUGAGUACUGGAACUUCAUGAGUUGCUACAGCGUGGUGGAUCCCAAAGCACACCUAAAUGAGACUUGAAACUAAUCCUACAGACUGGAUACCAAAGUCAUCUGCUCAUCCACCUUAAAAAAAACACACAGAAAGGGUCAUCUCAAGGAGCCAAUCAUUUCUGAAUACUUUGACAUCCUCACAUUUUUCAUUAAUGCUUUUUUAAUAUAUUAAAUCACCAGCCACUGGAUGGCUUGCUACCAUUAAAGAAAAGGACAAGUGUUGCAAAGUGAUUACAUUGGAUAAGGUUAUGGGUACCUCCGUGGAGGAAGGCCUCUGGCAAAAUAAUUCAGCAAAGGUAGAGACAUUACUUAAUCUUUUAAUCUUGGCUUUUAUCUGUUGUUUUCAAUUCCCAGCAGUUAUCCCACUGCAGAGUGGGCUUGGAGGGACAUGCAUAAAUGAAAGGCUUAGUUUAAAGAGAGGAUUUUCUGUAAAAGCUUGUGAAAACUGAUAGCAGAGGAUGGACAUCUCUGAAUUUCCUACAGAAAACUGAGUAUAAUUAUAUCCAACAUUCCAAGUCAUAAUUUUAGAGCCACUAAUAAGGAGUGCUUUUCCUUCUAAUUUUUAAAAACAAUCCUCUAUCUUUUCCCCAGAAUAAUAGAGUUUCUUUUAUGAAACCUAAUUUUUCUCUGAGCUUAAUGAAAUGGAAGCUUAUUAACAGCCGUAGAUAGUUAUUUUUAAACAAGCAAAACCAUUUACAUGAGAUGGGAGAAGCCAGAAAUCAUUUCAUCCAGUACAGCUCAGUGAGGGAUUGCUUGGCCUAAGCUCUCUCCAAUUUUUAGAAGUCAAUCAGAUAAUGAGACUGUUGGUUCUUAUAAGAGGACUGUGAAACUGGAUAGGGUUGGAACAGAAACUGAAUUUGGAACAAUCUUUAUGAAAAGGAUAUAGUGGGGAGCAGAACAGGUGUUUCCUAUCUCUGGGCUCUUUUAUACAGCUGAGGUUAUGUAGCUUUUGGAAUAACCAGAAGUAGCCAGGGAUGCAAGACAUUCAAAUUGUAACCUGGAGCUUGUGGGAAGCCAGAGGGCUCAGGCUUCCAUUGAUUGCUUUCAGGGAUUGGGAAUUUCCUCGGUGUCUUUGAAUGCUCCCUGUGUCACUUCUGUGGUGCUGUCAGAGCACUUACAGGUGCUGCACACACAAUACUCUGCCAUGUCUCUGCACUUUAAACCAGACUCCUCUCUGCCAUGUGAGACUUGAAACAGGAGCUCUGCCCAGGGCAGGGCUUGUCCCUUCCCUUGUCACACACAUCAGUGUCUCCCUAUCACAUCUUGCAUCGUUUCUCUUGUCAGGGCUCAAGGCCAUGGUUGAGUUUCAGCCCCCUCCUCGUGGCAGGAGCAGAGCCCUUUGGAUAAUUGCAGCUUUGUACUCGCUCUAGAACUGUGUGUGACUCUUGGGCUCCUUGGGGCUGAGCACAGAACCAAGCCCAGCUACUCCCCCAGCCCCUGGGCCAGGCUGGCUUGCAGCUCACAGCUGGCCCAAGUUGUCUUUGUUGCUGUUGUCACUUUUUGUCAAUGCAAGGAAGGAUAAAGACUCUCAGUACCUAACAAGUCUUUAAAGCAAUUUUUGCUUAGUACAAUUCUUUCCAUAUCCAGGACCUCACUGGAAUAACCUAUUAGCAUUUUAUUAAGGGCUAAAUUUUUCAAGCACAGGGAGAAAUGUUCAUCAACAGACUGACCCUGUGUGGGCUUCACAUUUGCAUCUGUGCUUGUAAGUGCAAAUGAGUGCAUGUGCACAGGGCUGGUCUGAUGCACAAGGGCACAUUUGCACACCUUUUUUCCUCAAGUGCCUGUCUCAAACAGAUCUGCUUUCCAAUGCCUCAGAUGAUUUUCUCUAUCAGGGAAAUGAUUCCAGCUUGGUUUUUAUUGUACUGGAUUUUUUUAGGCAAUUUAUAAUCAGGAUUACACCUCCUUUUUCUGUUAUUCCCACUCUGUUGCCCAGCCCAGAGGUUGAGUAAGUACUUAGCAAAUAAUCAAGGGAAAAUGGCUAGCAGGGGUGACAGGGAAGAUUCAGACAAUACCAGGUGAUACUCAAUUUGGCAAAUUAACUGGUGGAAGAACUGCUAAUGAGAAAGUUCCAAGAGAUUAAACAGAGCCCAGAGGACCUGGUUUAUCUUAGUAAUUCACAGUGGUGUUUCACCCUUUGCCUGUAGUGACACUGGGACUGUCUUUGCUGCCUCCCUGUCCCACAGCCACCCCUGAGUCCCCUGACACCCCUCACUCGGUUUGGAAUUUGCUGUUUUUCUUCUCAUGAGCAACAUUUUCUCUAUUACUUUGGCAGAAUUGUGUGAAUUAUCAUUGCUGGGAAUCAAAGGUGCUUCUCCACAGCAGGGAACGUUUUCCUUCUGGUGCUGAUCUGUGACCCUCUCUAGGCAAAAGGUAGGACAUAGGAGAGGAAAGAUUUUAGGUUUUAUGUUUUUCAGUAAUAAUUCACUACUGGCCACUGUCCAGAACAGGGUGCUAGGCUCGUUAGACCUGUGGCCCAACCUGCUGGGUUCUGGACCCAAAGGACACUUGGGUCCAAGUUCUGGGUCCUAUCAAAGGAAACAGGAAUUUACAAGGAUUUUUUUUCAACUGUAUGAGCACUGAGAAAAAAACCACCUCACUUGCUCUCACAGCUCACAGACUAGCAUGCAUCAACCUUUUAUUUUUUAUAAUCAAACCCCCCAACAUUGAUUAAGAACUGAUGGCACAACACAGCUCCAUUUUAUUCAAUUCUCUUACUUCACAUCAUGACAACCACCCCAUCACAUAACAGCCAGAAAAAUAAUAACAAAAAAAUUUAAUUCUGUUUUAAUAUUCCUGCACUUCUGGUUUUUAUCACUUCAUAGGAGCUUUACAGUGAAGUCACAGCUAUGCCCUGCCCUCAGUUCCCACAUUCUGGUGAAAAGAAAAGCUGUUUGUUUCAGUGUAUCUAUGACAAUACUUUUCUUAGUUGUUCAUAAGAGAUUGAUGCUCUUUUGAUUACAGUGGUGGUAUUUCCAUAUUGUAAACAAUACUCUGUACUGUUACUAAAGUACUGUACAUUUCUAGUUGCACAAUUGUGUUAUUGAGUGUAGAUUCUCACUAUCUCAUGUAUGGUGCUAUUUUUUGUUGGUGGAAAAGAAUCGUAGCAGUCGAUUAUUGCUUGAUAUUUUAUUAUAAUACAGGGAUAUAUUCUCCAUGGCAAUAAUAUCAUUUAAGUUUUCUCAUUACAGAGUGAAAUGUAUAUAUUUUUCCAUUAGCUAAUUUGCAUAUGUACUGUAUCCAUGGUAAUUUUCUUCUUGGUGCUGGUUAUAAAUAGAAAAAGAUAAAAAACAGUCCAACUGAAUGGAACCAGUUGUAAAUGAAAGCCAAAAAAAAAAAAAAAGAGGAUCAUUCCAUUUUGAACAAAUUGAAUAUGUUGAAUAAUAAAUUUAUUUUUCCAUAACAAUUUUAAUAAGGUUUCUGAACUUGAAACAAUAAUACAAAGCAAACCCAACAGCAUGUAAAUUAGGAGAAAGGAGUGAAGCUGUAAGUGGUACAUUAUGCAUCUGUGUAAUACUGGACUGAGACUGGGAUUUGGUUAAAUCCAAGCCAACUGUUUAAUUGCUGUGGUCGGUGUAAAAGGUCAUUUGGCAGUAAAAUUCUGGCACCUCAGAGUUCUCAGUGUGCUAACAAAACAAGAAAUGAUGGGUCUUGUCCUGGUCAGGUUGCAAAACAAAGCAUGGGGAUGUUAACACCUGAAUGAUGCCUUGCCAGGUCUGUGGUCAAUGACACAACAGUCGAAAAUUCCUGUCUGGGAGCAGCUGCCAGGCUCUGUUUGGGAUAUCUGUGAGUGUGCCUGGGCAGGCUGUGGGGAGGGGGAGAGGGAUGUUCUGAGAGUGCUUUUGGGGAAGGUUGUUCUUGCUGUGCUGGAGCUCCACAGGCACCCCCUGACAAUGAACAGUGCUGAGCAUGUGGAAAUUUAUACUGGAGCAAAACCAUCCCAUCCAUUGGGAAGGGAUCUGCAUAACCUAGCUGCACUCUCCCCUGGUGUGAAAUAAAUGGAAUUACUUCA